CUGCGCCUCCUCACUUCACAAGUCUUCUCGGCGACUUCAGGCAUUUCCAACAGCUACCACAACAUGGCUACGAACGACUACUCCCACGAGCUUGACGUCGCUUUACUCGCGGUCCAGCGUGCGACACUUCUCACAAAAUCCGUCUUCCACUCCCACGCAAAGGGAACACUCAACAAGAGCGACGCAUCACCUGUCACAAUCGGCGACUUCGGCGCUCAAGCACUGAUCAUCAGUGCUCUCCAACACAACUUCCCCAAUGACGAGAUUGUCGCCGAAGAAGAAGCCAAAGACCUCCGCGAGAAUGAGGAGCUGAGGAAUAUUGUCUGGGACUUGGUCAAGGGUGCAAAGCUUUCGGACGCGGAGAGCGAGAAGAAGUUGGGUGGACCGAUUGCUUCUGCAGAGAGCAUGCUGGACAUCAUCGACAAGGGUGAUAGCAAAGGAGGCAACAAGGGAAGAAUAUGGGCCAUUGACCCAAUCGACGGCACAAAGGGCUUUCUCCGUGGUGGACAAUAUGCGGUGUGUUUGGGCCUGAUGGUCGACGGAGAUGUCAAGGUGGGUGUGUUGGGCUGCCCGAACUUGCCAGUCUCCGAUUCGGAGCCAUUGACUGAGAACACGGGAGCCGAUGCCAGUGACGAAGCUGGCAAAGGUGUCUUAUUCUCUGCUGUGCAAGGCAAGGGCGCGAACAGCAGGUCGCUUGAGAAGGGUGCCCUGGCCGCCGAGUCAUCAAUCCAGAUGAAGCCACUGUCAAAGAUCUCGGAUGCCACCUUCUGCGAGUCCGUCGAGGCGGGACACAGCAACCAGGGAGAUUCGUAUAAUAUUGCUCAGAAGCUAGGCAUCACGAAGCCUUCGGUUCGAAUGGACAGCCAAGCAAAGUACGGCAGCAUUGCACGUGGAGCCGGCGACCUCUAUUUGCGUUUACCAGUGAAGAAGGAUUAUGUGGAGAAGAUUUGGGAUCACGCUGCAGGUGAUCUGAUCGUGAGGGAAGCUGGUGGUGAGGUCACAGAUGUUGAGGGCAAUCGCUUGGACUUCAGCCAUGGCCGUACGCUUUUGCAGAACAAGGGCGUCGUGGCAGCACCAAAGGAUGUUCACAAGACCGUGAUCGAGGCGGUGCAGAGCGUGUUGAGCAAAAAGUAG